AUUAGUACCAGUCCCUCAUCAGCUUUGAAACUCAAAAUGGCGGAACGCAGCUGGAAAAUAUUUUGUCAACUGUUUUAGUAUUUUCCUAUUGYUCCAUUGCUACAUAUAAACUAUUGUCUGAAGAUAAAUACCGAGAGAUGUUGUAGCUUUUUUAUGGAUAGUUUUACUGGCGUAUUUGCGAUUSGAAAGKCACUUCCUUGACUUCUCUGACAGUCUGACUGAAGAAGCUCCUUUCAAAACACUCAAUUUUCAAAAUGUUCACGCUGCUCUCUGGUCUUUGGAAAUACUUAUUUCAAAAGGAUGAGUACUUYGUGCUCAUUUUAGGCUUGGAUAACGCAGGAAAAACGACUCUUCUUGAGCAAAUCAAAAGAAAGUUUUGUCCAUCAUACAAGGGUGUUCCAUUUGAAAAACUGACACCAACAGUUGGUCUAAACAUCGGUAAAAUUACCGUUAGUCAUGUCAAACUGAUAUUCUGGGACCUUGGUGGGCAGCAGGAAUUAAGAACCUUAUGGGAUAAGUAUUUUGAAGAAUGUCAUGGAGUCAUCUAUGUUGUGGAUUGUUCAGAUGAGAAAAGACUAGAAGAGUCACACAAUGCAUUURAGGAAAGCCUUAAACAUGAAUUUCUUAAAGGAGCACCUAUACUUGUACUAGCCAAUAAACAGGAUAUCCCUGAAUCCCUUUCCGCYGAUAAAAUCCAGUCAAUUUUCCAUCCUGAGUCUACYGUUGAGGACCAAAAAGAUUAUUUGWUACAGCCAACAUCUGCACUAAAUGGAGAUGGCAUUGAAUCUGGAAUUCGCUGGAUUGUUGAGCAGGUGAAACAAAACCUUGAUCGUCCACCUCGACCGAAAGACAUCUCAUGACUGACAGCUAAGUUUAUGAAUCAAACAAUGGUUAAUAGCAAAGUAUAUCUACAGAUAUGAAGAACCGGAUUAAAUCAAAGGUUCUGGAUGAAGAGCAAGCUGUUCAGCGCUUCGCUCAAUUGUGCUUAUUUGCUCAAUUUAAAAACUCAAUUUACUAUAAUCAAAAAAMCUAUGACAAAAAUAUCUUCAUGUACAAAUGUAAGCUUAUCUUAAACAGAGUAAAUAAAAGGUGAGUCAAAAAUUGAAAAACCAAAUAUUUAGAAAUAAGGAAUUGAUUAAAACGACUAGAUUGUAUUUUAAAACUGAAYCCAUUAUUAUAACGCURGGAAAGGCUCACCAUGAUAGCUUUCGAUACAYYCACAUAGCAYCUUCAAACUUUAUCCGAUCACUAAGCACUAACGUACACCUAUUGUAGGCCCUGACUCGUCUCUCUAGCGCGCAAUGCAUCAGUGGAAAGACGCCAGUUCGACAUUAGUGCAGAGUUAGUAGAGGGGACUAACUCAGAUCAGUGUAUCCAGAUACCAUUUAAAUUUUUCAAUACACCCUCCGUUGGCCUGGUGUGGGYAUAAU